AUGUUGCGCCCGAAGCGAGACCCGGCGAGGCUGGUGGACCCGCGGCACCUUCCGCAGCUGAUGGCCGCCCAGCAGCAGCAACAGCAGCAGCAUCAGCACCAGCCGCAGCGGGAGCACGAGUCUCCGGCGUGGACGCCCGACUCGCUGGGGGCCACGCCGGGGCCGCGCAACGUCACGCCCGCCGGGACCCCGCCGCACCAGCAGGCGUUCCCCUGGGCGGUGACCGUCCUGGCCGGCGUGCUCAUCACCACCAUCGUGGUGGACGUGGUCGGCAACCUUCUCGUUAUCCUGUCCGUCUUCAGGAACAGGAAACUCAGGAAAACAGGCAACGCAUUCGUGGUGAGCCUGGCUCUAGCCGACCUGCUGGUGGCCGUGUAUCCGUACCCUCUGGUGCUGACGGCCAUCUUCCACGACGGCUGGAUCGCCGGAUAUCUACACUGCCAGGUGAGCGGCUUCCUGAUGGGCCUGAGUGUGAUCGGGUCGAUCUUCAACAUCACGGGCAUCGCCAUCAACCGCUACUGCUACAUCUGCCACAGCCUACGAUACGACCGCCUGUUCUCCAGCACCAACACGGUGGGCUACGUGGCGCUGGUGUGGGGUCUCACCAUCCUGGCCAUCGUUCCCAACUGGUUCGUGGAGUCGCUGCAGUACGACCCGCGGGUCUACUCGUGCACCUUCGCCCAGUCGGUGAGCUCGGCGUACACCAUCGCCGUGGUGGUGGUCCACUUCGUGCUGCCCAUCUCCAUCGUCAGCUACUGCUACCUGCGCAUCUGGACACUGGUCAUCCGCGUGCGGCGCCGCGUCAAGCCCGAUUCGCGACCCAAGCUCAAGCCGCACGACCUGCGCAACUUCCUCACUAUGUUCGUGGUGUUCGUGCUGUUCGCCGUGUGCUGGGCGCCGCUCAACCUCAUCGGCUUGGCGGUGGCGCUAGACCCCCGGCUGGGCCGCGCCAUUCCCGAGUGGCUCUUCACUGCCAGCUACUUCAUGGCCUACUUCAACAGCUGCCUCAACGCCGUCGUCUACGGCGCGCUCAACCACAACUUCAGGAAGGAGUACAAGCGCAUCGUGCUCAUUGUGUUCAAGUUCCACUGCUGAGGGGUCGGGAAGCGAGCCGGAAACACUACAGGGAAGUCACGCUUAUUGUUUUCUGGUUGUUUUCGUCCCAUCAGAUGAAAAAAAAAAAUGUUUACAACCUGGCGGAAAGUCAUUGCGAUGCUUUUCGAGAAGAUCACGUCAUCACCAUCAUCAAGUUCCAUCAGGACAUUUUUUUUUAACAAUGUUGACUUUUCUGUGACAUGCUGCUGCAUUCAAGGACACUGGGAAAACAUACCUAAAAAUGUACAUAAAUUAAACUCAAUGGUUUGAAGUAGAAUUGACACCAGAUUUACCUGCAAGCCACACUAUUGACUUUGUAGAUAGGUCAAUUUCCCCAAGUUUUGUCCUAAUUUCCUCAUUAAAAGAGGAGCAAAGAAGGUCACCAAAAGCUUUUUUUUUGACGGUAAUAAAUUAUGAGCCAUCAUCCAAUCAGCAAUAUAUUCUUCGAAGGUUCCUCCCAUGAAACAGGUCUCAAUUGGAUCUUUCGAUGCGUGGGACGUAUUCGUAGCGGGAUACAGGUAGUCCUCGGUUUACGAACGAGUUCCGUUCCUGCGCUGGCAAUGUAACCUGGAUUUCCACGUAAGUCGGAAUGAACCCUUCAAAUACGCCAAAACACCCUCUAAAUUAAAAAAGUCCAUCUAUCCAUCCAAAAACAUUUAUUAUACGUCAUUGUACUGUCCUCGCCAAGACGGUGGAGCUAAGUCCUAGCUAGACACCGAGCAAAGCUCCAAAAUGACGAUGUCAGACGUCCGUGUGAUUUGCUGACUUUAUUCAGCUGCUUAUGACAUCAACACUUGCAGAAUGAAACGAAUAAAAUGAAAUGAAAUUAGUCUCAUCUUCAAUAACAGCAAUUCAAGUUUGUGUUUACAAAUAGCUGCUGAUACAGCAAUAAAAAACGGUUAGCAUGUAUCGGUUAGCGUUCGCACAUCAUCGAAAACAAUCACAUAAACUCGCCCCAAAUAGUCGACCACAAUUGAAACGCCCAAGAAACAGGACAAAAUGGGUUAUAUACAGCCGUCGCCUCUGGAUGUUUCACAAGCAACAAAUGUGUGCGCGCAGGCUGUCACCUCUGUCACUCGGCUUCUCUGUGUGUGCGUGUGUGGCAUGGGCGCGUCUGUACAUGCGCUUGCUUCCUGAUCUACGCUUCCUGCGUCACAAUAAAAGCAUGCAUCACAAAACAAAAGUCAGCAUUUUAACGUGGGUUGUGUUGCGUUCUCAAUGAUUGGCUCCUCCGCCUCCUUAAUUUAUUUAGGCUAGGUUAUUUCAUCAAAAUGACACUUCUGAGGAGAAAUGAGACACGGAGAAGACACAGUACAUAUAUCAUAAAUUUUAAGUCCCAGAUAUGAAAAUUUAAUAAGGAAAAAUUUAUUAAUUCAAUUCUUUUAAGACUUUUUAAGACCCUGCGUGAACCAUGGUACAAGCAUGUCAUGCAUUGUGAAGACAUGACAGAAACGAUGUCGCAUUUUCGUCCCGUAGUCGUCAGGCGAAAACUGGCAUUCAUCUCGUUAUGUUCUCGUCUCCCGAGCCAGGUUUUUUAGUCAUCGUCACAAAAAAUUAUUAUGUUGCAAGACCAGCCUAACACAGGGAAGAUACACCUGGCGCCACAACCAAGUGUUGAAGUGCCUGGCUGCCGAACUUGAGAACAAGGAGGGUAACCACUAAUGCCAGGCCUCUAAACCCCUCAACCUACCUUCGUACGAUAAACAUCUUUCAUCCGGGAAGGGGUGAAAAGAGGGGCCAAGUCAUCUGUUCCGGAUCCAGGCCCACUGAACGUAGCCUGGGAUUGGGAAAUGCUUGUGGACCUCAGCCAGAGGCUGACCGUCCUAUCUGAAACUGCAACAACCAACCUACGCCCGGACCUAGUCCUGAGGUCCAAGUCUUGCCAUCGAUAAAGCAUUUGAACGGAAGCGAUUGCGAUAUAUCCAUCUAGCAGAUGAAGCAGGAGGGAGGGGCUGGAAUGUAAAGGUAUGUCCAGUGGAGGUCAGUUGUAGACGCUUUGUAGCCAGGUCAACAACAUUGCUUCUGAAGGAAUCAUACGGCAAUCCCAACAGAAGGAAAUUUAAGAACUUGCCACAACAGCAGAACGGAGUAGUCACUGGUUGUGGCUGAAACGUAGAGAUGCAACAUGGGCUGCCAAAUGAUUGCGUGGUGCCACCGCACCCCCGGGUCUGAUCAUCCCGAGAUGGGCCAUCCUCAGCAGAGGGUGUCUUGUUGUAAGUGGCCGAAACACCCAAUGAUGUCUGAGGCAAGCAACUCCUCUGAAAUUGCAGCGAUCAACCUGCACCCGGACUUAGUCCUCUGGUCCAAUUCUAGCCGGUGUGUCUUCAUGCUCAAACUGACCGUCCCAUGGGAAGAUGCCAUCGAUGAAGCAUUUGAACAGAAGCGAUUGAGAUAUGUCGAUCUAGCAGAUGAAGCAGAAAGGAGGGGCUGGAAUGUGAAGGUGUGUCCAGUGGAGGUCUUUGUAGCCAUGUCCACUACAAUGCUUCUGAAAGAAGUAGGGAUCAGCGGGCAGGCCCAACGGAAGGAUAUUAAAGAACUUGCCACUACAGCAGAACGGAGCAGUCACUGGUUGUGGCUGAAACGUAAAGAUGCAACAUGGGCUGCCAAAUGAUUGCGUGGUGCCACCACACACCCGGGUCUAAUCAUCCUGUGGUGGGCCAUCCUCAGCAGAGGGUGUCUUCUUAUAAGUGGCCGGAACACCCAAUGAUGUCUGAGGCAAGCAACUGAUGAUGUGAUUCACUGGUGGCACAAAUUGAUCACAGCCAAAUUCCACCCCACCCAAGAGGACAUCUCUAGCGUUUGAUUGAUGUGCUGAUUAUUAGGGAUCUUUAACAGCAAAUCCCAUUAAGAAGUCAGAAGUUCGUCGACAAGAUAUUUUCAUUUUUGCCAUUAUUGACGAAAACAACACCGGUACACACAACAGUAUACAUUUGAACAGUUAUUUUUGGACAUUUUGGGGUAAACUAAGCUUCCUUUGCAGUCUUAGAGCAAUAGCCUCCACACAUUAAUAUACUACAGCAAUUGAAUACAUUUUAAGGCAGUGGUUCUUAACCUGGGUUCGAUUGAACCCUAAGGGUUCGGUGAAAGGUAAUAAAUCGCAGAGCCCUAUUUUCGUACUAGGAUUAAAUCCAGGCAAAGUGGCUUUUUAGACAAGGUUUUGGACUGGUUUGCUCCCAACAGGCUUAAUCCAUUUCAUCCUCGAUCAGUCUGAAUCUGAUGAACUGGUUUGCUCAGAAGAAGGUUGACCCGCACUUGGUGUAAGGGAAUACAACAGACCAAUGGGCAGCAUGGUCACAAAUUUUGACCUUUUUGCAUGCUGUCAAAAUGAGAAUUUUGAACGUGGAUUUGCUAAAUUAUUAGCUUGCUAGCUUAGAUAUACAGUGCUACCUCGACAUACGAUCGCUUCGACACGCAAGCUUUUUGACAUCCGACGUAAAAUUUGACUUGCCAUUUGUAUCUACAUCCGACGACACGCUCGAAAUACAAUGAUUUACGACAGCGCCGCAGUUUCUUUGUUUUCCCGCAACACGGACGCAUCGCGAAUUUUCUUUUGAGAGAACUCGACAUGGGCUCCAAGAAGGUUGGUGCGAUGGUGAAAAAAGGUGACGCUUACCAUUGAAAUGAAGAUGCAAAUGUUUGGUCCGUGAACUGGCUCGACAAUACAGCCGUACAAUGUUUCCAAUCUCAACGGACAUCCUCCGAUUUAUGUUCGCCGGUCUUUAUAAGUUAAGGUGACUGUAACCGGUCCGCGCCGCACCAAGGUUCCGCUCCCCCUCGCUCAGGUCAGGACUCGAACCCGCGUCACAUGGCGCGUCCACAUGGCAUGGCCUAGCGGUUAGUGCCUCCGCCUGCCGUGUGGACACGUUGUGCAGCACAGGUUAGAGUCCUUACUUGGACAAGGGCGAUCGGAAUGCAUCGGGCGUGGUGCGGCCGGUUACAUUGGUGCCGUGACCCGGAUUGGCAGUGAAGGUUUACGGGGGGGUGAGUGUAACAGGUACACGCAGGUCCGUGUGUGGAAAACCUUCCCUUCGAUGCCUUCAUGGGAUGCACUGGCAGCUAGGCCUCCACCUGCUGUGUGGACGCGUCGUGCGGCGCGGCUUCGAGUCCUGACCUGAGCGAGGGGGGAUCGGAACAUGGGUGCAGCACGGACCGGUUACAUGACAAUUAUUAUUGUGGUAACAUCGGCAAGGAAUUCGUCAAGUUUUUAAUCAUUUAUUUCAGAACAACGCGGUGCGUUCAGGUGCAGUACGCAAAACACAUCUGCCACAUUAGAACCAGAUU